AUGGGCCUCGAGGAUGUGGAUGGGUACAUGGCCCUUCCAGGAGAGCUUACGUCGCCCUCCACGACAGAUGACCAUGGGCUGCGCUUUAUCAACGACGACUGGAACGGGAGCAUCGCCAACGGGUCACCGUUCACCCUGAGAUGGAACGAGAGUAUCGAAGACGAGGGGGACCUGAGAUUGUUCAAGAUAACAUACCCUGAGGAAGGGGCUGUCUCGUUUGAGCUGAUCUCGAACUUGACAGCCUUUAUGCGAAGACGGUCUUGCUCCUGGCUUCCAGAAGGACUAGAAGAGGACGAUCUAUACGCAUUCUGGGUCACACAUAUCAACGACGACGACGUGCACUGGGCCAUAUCGCCGCCUUGGACACCGCAAAUCAAGGGCGAAGAGGAGGGCCUUCGCUGGAAUAACACCAUUGGCAUCCCUAUCGUUGUCAUCAUGGGCAUAUACUUCAUGUGCCUCGCGUUCUGUCUGGCGUUUCGCAGGCGACGUCGACGCAGACAGGACCGUGAGAAGCGGCGACGGCAUCGAACAACAGUCGUCAAUGUACCGCCCGACGAGAACACCGAUCGACAGCAUUCCGUCAGUUCUGUUGUGACAGUACAGUCGCUGACGGAGGAGGACAGCUUGAUGAAGCGAGGUUCUGGACACGUAGAACCGGUCUCGCCUGCCCCUUCGUUGCGGAGAGGGGGUGUUAGGUGGAACAGUCUGGACUGGGGUAACGACAACGAAAAUGAAAAUGGAUACGUACAUGGAGGGGGCAGGACAGAGAGGCAGAGAUCGUGGGAGCAUGAAGACCAUUGGGAAGAGGGACCAAUUGGUCAGGCUCACUAA